AUUAUGCAUUUCGGCCCACAAGCAAACUGCACCGAAGUUGACUUCCGACACCGUCGAUUUAUUUUAUUUAUUCUGAUUUGUUUUGUUUGCUUAACCACACGUCAACCUUUUUCAUUUUUCUGAUCGAGUGAAAAUUUUGACGUACCUUUGUUUUUUUUUUUGAGCUAGUAUGAGUUUCAACACUCGGUAGGCAUACAUCAAGCUGUGACCGAUUUAUCAGCUUCUAUCAACGCUCAAGAACAGGAGACAACUUUGUUCCUUCGAGAUGACUGCAGAGGGGUCCAAGCUGUGGGGGGGCCGCUUCGUGGGUGCCACCGACCCCGUGAUGGAGCGCUUCAACACGUCCGUAGCGUACGACCAGCGCAUGUGGGAUGCGGACCUGACGGGCAGCAGGGCCUACGUCAAGGCCCUGCGCCGGGCCGGCCUGGUCAGCACCGAAGAGAUGGGCGCCAUUUUGCGAGGCCUGGAUCAGGUCGGCGAGGAGUGGCGCAAAGGCGCCUUCGUGCUCAGAGACGGCGACGAAGACAUCCACACCGCCAACGAACGCAGACUCAAGGAGUUAAUCGGCACGGCGGCGGGGAAGCUGCACACGGGCAGGAGCAGGAACGACCAGGUGGUGACCGACAUGCGUCUGUGGCUGCGUGACGCCGUCGCCACGCUGACGGGCGACGCCCUCGUCCUUAUCUCCGCCAUGGUGGAGCGGGCCGCGGCCCACCUGGGGGCGAUACAAGCCAGACCUGGGCGUAUACUGUACAUAGAGCCGCAACUCCUCCAAUCACCUUCAGUUCUAUUCGUCGUUCUUCUCUUUAGAGAGAUCGACGUCCUGUUUCCUGGUUACACCCACAUGCAGCGGGCGCAGCCAAUCAGAUGGAGCCACUGGAUUCUGAGUCACGCCGUGGCUCUGCAGCGCGACGUGGAGCGGCUUCAGGAGAUCCGGAAGCGCGUCAACAUUUUGCCCCUGGGCAGCGGCGCCGUCGCCGGAACGCCGUUCGCUAUCGACAGGGAGCUUCUGAGGAAAGAGUUGUGCUUCGAUGACGUCAGCUUGAACAGCAUGGACGCGACCGGACAGCGAGACUUUGUCGCGGAAUUCCUGUUCUGGGCCUCGCUGUGUGCCACUCAUCUGAGUAAGAUGGCUGAGGACCUUCUGCUGUACAGCACCAAAGAGUUCUCCUUUGUCUCGCUGUCGGACGCCUACAGCACAGGCAGCAGCUUGAUGCCCCAGAAGAAGAACGCCGACAGUCUGGAGCUGAUCAGGAGCAAAGCGGGACGGAUCUUCGGGCGAUGCACAGGUUUCAUGAUGACGCUGAAGGGCCUUCCCAGCUCCUACAACAAAGACCUGCAGGAGGACAAGGAGGCCAUGUUCGACUGCUACGACUCCAUCCUGGCCGUCCUCCAGGUCGCCGCCGGAGUCGUGUCCACACUGAAGAUCAACCCCGGCGCCAUGGAGGCGGCGCUGAGUCCGGACAUGUUGGCCACCGAUCUGGCGUACUACCUCGUGAGGAAGGGGGUGGCGUUCAGGGACGCUCACGGUCUGGCGGGCAAAGCGGUCUUCACGGCCGAAUCCAAAAACGUUCCCCUGAACCAGUUGACUUUGGAGGACCUGCGCGGCAUCAGCCCGCUGGUGGAAAGUGACGUGGCGUCCGUGUGGGACUACGCGGCGAGCGUGGAGCAGUACGCCGCGGCGGGCGGCACGGCCGAGAGCAGCGUACGCGCUCAGGUACAACAACUGCGCGCCUGGAUGGCUCGGCACAAGCCGCAAACACAAACCGUCAAGUCGGCGGACGCGGAAUAAAAAAGAUGAGACGCUCAAAAUCUCGCACGGAACCGAUCGUGCAGGAUUGGUCGUACGGUGUCCCUAAUGAAGUGUCUUUUAAAAACAUGCGGCAUAACCGUGCAUGUCAAUUUAAAAAGUAAAAAAAAAAAAAAAAAUGUUAAUUUAGCCGAGUUGUUGAAUUCGCUCGUUCAUAUCGAGUUCAAUAAAUGAGUGUAAGCAAAUA